GGACGGUGCCGUAAUACUCUUCCCGAACCCAACCACACUGACUGUAUUCCUCCCUCUCCUCUCCUCUCCUCUCGUUCUCUGACCCGAGAAGAAACAUGGCGACUCGAGAACUGCUUCUCGUCCUCGCGAUCUCGUCUCUCCUACUCUUCCAAGCUGUCCUCGCCUCUCCCUCCGCUUACGUUGGCCAGGGAGACUCCGAUCUGGACCACGAUGAGGAGGACCUCAGCUUCCUCGAGGAGGACGACGACGGAUCCGACGGUGCUCAUCGGGAUGAUGCCUUCGAACAGCACUCCGACGAGUCGUAUUCGGAGACCGAAGAGGAGGGUGAGUUAGAUGGACACUACCCGGACGAAGGUUUUGACGGAACCGACCACGAAACGCACGAAGCCACGCCCGCGAUCGAUGAGACCGACAUCGUGGUGCUCUCCGACGGCAACUUCAGCGAAUUCGUGUCCAAGCACCGGCAUGUGAUGGUGGAGUUCUACGCACCGUGGUGCGGUCAUUGCAAGGCCCUCGCGCCGGAGUACGCCGCCGCGGCCACGGCUCUCCGAGACGAGGACGUGGUUCUCGCCAAGGUGGAUGCCACGGAGGAGAACGAGCUUGCGCAGCGCUUUGAGGUGCAGGGUUUCCCCACCGUAAUUUUCCUCAUCGAUGGUGUCCACAAGGAAUAUACUGGGCAGAGGAAUAAGGACGCAAUUAUCACCUGGAUCAAGAAGAAGAUCGGACCAGGUGUCCUAAAUAUAACUACUGUUGAGGAGGCAGAAAAGAUCCUGACUUCUGAAAACAAACUUGUCUUGGGCUUUAUUGACACGUUGGUGGGUGCUGAAAGUGAGGAGCUUUCUGCUGCUUCAAAACUCGAAGAUGGUGUCAACUUUUACCAAACUUCCAAUCCUGCUGUUGCAAAGCUUUUUCACAUUGAUCCCAACUCUAAACGUCCUUCUUUGGUGCUAUUGAAGAAGGAGGAAGAAAAGAUAUCCUACUAUGAUGGUAAAUUCAGAAAGUCAGAAAUUGUUGAUUUUGUAUUCUCCAACAAGCUUCCUUUGGUGACUACAUUUACAAGGGACUCUGCUCCAGAAAUUUUUGAAAAUCCUAUCAAAAAGCAGAUUUUGCUGUUUUCUACCUCAAAUGAUACUAAGAAAGUGGUGCCAGCAUUUCAGGAGGUUGCAAAAUUCUUCAAGGGAAAGCUCAUCUUUGUAUAUGUGGAGAUGGAUGAUGAGGACGUUGGCAAACCAGUGUCAGAAUACUUUGGAGUAACUGAAUCUCCACAGGUUUUGGGAUACUCGGGAAAUGAAGAUGCUAAGAAGUUCAUCCUUGAUGGUGAAAUCAAUCUUGAUAUUUUGAAGAAAUUUGCUGAGGAUUUUGUGGAAGACAAACUCAAGCCCUUCUAUAGGUCCGACCCAAUCCCCCAGACUAAUGACGGAGAUGUGAAAAUUGUUGUUGGUAAGAACUUUGAUGAGAUUGUAUUGGAUGAGUCCAAGGAUGUACUUCUUGAGAUCUAUGCACCAUGGUGUGGACAUUGCCAAGCACUAGAACCAACAUAUAACAAGCUUGCCAAACAUCUUCGAGAGAUCGAGUCCCUAGUGAUAGCAAAGAUGGAUGGUACCACAAAUGAGCACCCUCGGGCCAAGAGUGAUGGUUUCCCAACACUUCUCUUCUUCCCAGCUGGAAACAAGAGCUUUGAACCUAUCACAGUUGACACAGAUAGAACAGUCACGGCAUUCUACAAGUUCAUCAAGAAGCAUGCAACAAUCCCGUUCAAGCUCCAGAGGCCAGCAUCAGCUGAAAAAGAAAACUCAUCAUCAACCAUCGAAAACGAAUCCUCCGUGUCAGCUAGCGAAGGAAGUGCCAGUGCUGACGUGAAAGAUGAAUUAUAAAUCUCUCAAGGUGUAACAUUGAUGCUGCAGCAGUCCCACCUUAGUAACAUACCUGCAGUUUCCUGGUCUUGAGUUAAACAUGUACUUGUAAAAGUAAUCUUUUUUAUCAGAGGAAUAAACAAGUCUGGAUGCGCUCCAGUGAAAUAGGAUGAUUCAUCAGAACUAAUUUUCUCUUUCUGCCCAACUAAUUUUGGCUUUAAUUUA